AUGGGUAAAAUCAAUUGCAGUCGUUUACAAGUGGCCGAAGGUCUUUAUAAUUCAUUGAGGAAUAGUGUUUCUACAACAGCAUAUGGAGAAUUUGGAGGUGGUAGUGAAUUACCAGAAGAUGCUGCACUUACCGAUCUGGAGAUCGAUAUUCUUGCAUCUUAUACCAAGCAACAAGUGGAUCACUCUUCACAGUUUAUAUUAGUCAACCUUUGGACUUGGUGUAAAGGUAAUUAUACUACUACUAGAAUUAGUGGUGGUAAUGGUGAAAAUCUUGGGCAUAAGGGGAGACUAAAAUAUCAAAAGAAUCUGGUUCAUAUUGACUGCUUGAAAGUGUCUUAUACCACUAACGUUUUGGAUUAUAGGGCUCAAAUGUCUCAGAGUGGAUACGACAUUAUUAUGGCUUAUGCUUUACAAUCAGAUUUCUAUUCGGAUACUGAAUAUCUGAAAAGAACUAAUCUACGCAAACUACGGCUAAAAGUGGUACCAUCAGCACUUAUUUAUUCGAUUUGUGCUAACAUUGUUUCCUUGAUUCUCACCUUGGUUAUCUAUGGGAGUGAGAAAAGUAUGCAAGGACUUGAAAAUGUCCCCCGAUUCCUAUUCAAACUUGCUACUAUCUUUGCGGUGUCGGCUUUCUUGGCCAUUUUAGUGGCUACAGUGAUGGCGAUGAGUCUUUUGAGUAGUGUUGCCAGUGAAGUAAAUAAUUUAUUGGGUGAUUUCAACGUUUCUUACUCCAUUAAAACGGUGUGGAUAGUGUUGCUUUGGAUUGCAUUUAUCCUGACAUUAAUCCAUGGAUUAUCUUGGAUGCUUCCGACAUCUUGUGCUAAUCCCGAAGCCACUUAUGAAGAUGAUGUUUUCGAUGAGGUAUAUUAUGUGCCUAAAUAUGAUAACUCUCGGAAAUCUUCCAAGCCAUUGAAAGGAAGAACAUUAUCCGCUAUAUUUUCUAAUGCUAAUGACUCUGCACUGACCAUGGGUGUUGGUGUUGCUGAUGAAAAAUCAAAGAAACUGAAAAAUGAAAAUACAUUGCAUUCUGAUGACGAAAUGGAUGAUGAAUUACUAAAAUUGGGUGAGAGAUUAGCCCGUCAACCAUCUGUUCGAUUUCUCAAUCCAAAGAGGAAGAAGAAGAAGAAGUUGAUGUCAAAUAAUGAAGGAGAAAUGAUGAACUUUAACGAUACAAAAGAUUUAUUAUACUUUGAAAACCAGGAGUCUCAUGGUCGAUAUGCAAUUGAUGAAUCAGAUGAUCGAUUUAGAUUACUUUCUAGUAAUUCCAUUAAAAGGAAAGUUAAAAUGAAGAUUCCGGUUAUCAAUAUUGAACCCUGUGAUGAAGAUAAAGAUAGCCAGGUAGUCCCAGUUACAAGCAAUAAUAUAAACAGUGCUCGUAGCUCGGUUCUCAAUGAUGAUGAGAUCAAUGUUCUAGAAAUGAACUCCAACAUGAACCAAAUACGUUAG